AUGCGCCACGUGCGUGGCAGCUGCGGCUCGUCGAGGCGCGUCUUCGUUCCCUGGAUUUCGACGUGGCCGUCAGCGACCGAAGCAUCGAUACCGCCUCGCCUCAAUUCAGGAGAGCUUCUUCUGUGCUCCACGGUGGAGGCGAGGCGCUCUACAUCGACUACGUCAUCGUCACCUCCUCUGGAGUCUUCCGCAGACUCUUUUGUCGCUAAAAGGACGCGCUUGAUGGCAGAGAGGGCCAGCGCGAGUGCGGACAACGUGAGUCGUCUGCGGGAACUCUUGCAGACCUGCUCAGCGCACGAGCGCCGGGGACUAUUCUCGAACUACCAGCCUCACCGCCGCCGUGACGUGUGGCCGCUCACCACACCGGUCGAACCACCGACGCCGUCCCCGGGUGUCACUGCACGGAUGAAGAAGUCAGUCGCAUCAGACACGCCGCGCUUCCUUAGCACUGCAGUGAUUCAAUCCUUUCAAGAGGGUGCCAGUCAUAAUGCAGCUGCCGCUGCACAACACGGUACGGCACAGUGCAGUGAAAAGGAACAGCAGGAGAAGGGUUACUAUCACUCCCCAUCCUGGUACGGUGCGUCCCCCGGGACGCGGAUGGACAUUGCCUACUUCACUGCCCACCAGAGCAGCCGCUGGAAUGCACUCUUCCAUGACCUGUAUUACACCCGCAACGAGCCGACGGCACCUCUGCUGCGUUGCCCAGCUUGUGUGACCCAGCGACUGCGCGGCGACGUGGCGAUGCUGCCACGGACAGGGUCUGCCGACUUGUCUGCAUCCCGUGCCGCCACGGAGACUCCAUCGGCGUCAUCGCCGCUCUGGAUGGAUCCAAUGGAGCUGCAGAGGCAUCUGAGUUACAUCCACGCUGACGAGCUCUUCACGCCGCAAGAGCUCAAGUUGUACAACGCACAAGUGCUUCGUGAACUGCGGUACAGUUGUGGCCUUGCGCCGGCACUCACGCCUGUUGAGGGUGUGCUCAGCACCGGCGUCACAUCGGGUGCACGUAAAACGCAGCCAGCUCGCGUCAUCCUCGUUGUUGACGUAGCUAACGUCGAGCUUGGCUCCCCUGGUGAGCUGUUGGAGAUGCUCCUCUCAUCAAAGCUACUGCGCGCCGUCACUGAUUUUCCCGUGGCACUCUGUGCCACGCACGAACUCUUCGUGCCUGCUAUCUCGAAGGCACUGCACACCUUGUACCAGCUGAGCCGCCGCCACCCAGCGUCUACCCUGCACGUCUUCUUUGCGAACACGUCCCUGGAAUCGGGUGAUCUGUUGACCUCCUCGUACCUGAACGAUCUCUUUCUCGCAAGCCCACAUUGCGCGGUUCCGCCGGUAGUAAUGCUAACGAGCGAUGUGCAGCAGCAGCGGGCAUUGACGGAGCUGCACGGAGCACCAGCGUACGGCAUGGGUAAUGGCGGGCACGUGCAUUGGGUGAAACCCCUCACAGCAGCGCAGCUGGUGGUUGACCUGUACGCCGCCCUCGAAAGCUCGCAGUCCCUACUGUAA